GGAGUAAACACUAAUAAUAUGAGACGUUUCAAAGAUCCUAUAAAAUAGUCACUCUCUACCAUUACAUGUGCUCUGCCGCUUUUAAAUCUCUCAUCUUCUUCCUCGUGUCACUCUUUCUCUCACACUCUGCAAAAACAUUUUCUUGUCUCUCCUCUGCCCAAAUUUUUUUUCUUUCCAGGAAUAUUUCCUAGAAAAACCCAAGCAAAGCUUUAACCCCUUCCUCCUCCAAAAGUAGCAUCUUCCUCUUUUUCUAUUUCUCCUUUCCUCUUCUUAUCUCUCUCUCGUUUGUGAACGAUUCCUUAAGAAUAUAACCAAAAGCCCUUUUCUCCUUUCUUCAACUUUCCGGGAAAAAUCUUCACGCAGCAAGGUUUCUCUCUCGGCUCUCGCAGUGUUUUUCGUGCCUUUUGUUCUUUCUAUAAAAAAAAAAUUCGCGUCCUUUAAGAAAACUUUUUCCACCUAGAGAAGAAGAAGAGUAUCACUCUUGUUGUUCAAGUUUCUCUCUUUAAUAAAAAAUCCAUCUUUAUUCUUUGUCUUCUUUCCUUUUUGCUUUCCCUAAUCUCUAUGUUAUAAACACACAGAGAGAAACAAAGUCACAGUCUCGAGUCAAAAACAGAGAAUACGAAAGAAAAAUGGAAGCGGAGAAGAAAAUGGUUCUACCGAGAAUCAAAUUCACAGAGCACAAAACCAACACGACAACAAUCGUAUCGGAGUUAACCAACACUCACCAAACCAGGAUUCUUCGUAUCUCAGUCACUGACCCAGACGCUACUGAUUCCUCCAGUGACGACGAAGAAGAAGAACAUCAACGCUUUGUCUCUAAACGCCGUCGUGUUAAGAAGUUUGUCAACGAAGUCUAUCUCGAUUCCGGUGCUGUUGUUACUGGUAGUUGUGGUCAAAUGGAGUCGAAGAAGAGACAAAAGAGAGCGGUUAAAUCGGAGUCUACUGUUUCUCCGGUUGUUUCAGCGACGACGACUACGACGGGAGAGAAGAAGUUCCGAGGAGUGAGACAGCGUCCAUGGGGAAAAUGGGCGGCGGAGAUAAGAGAUCCGUUGAAACGUGUACGGCUCUGGUUAGGUACUUACAACACGGCGGAAGAAGCUGCUAUGGUUUACGAUAACGCCGCUAUUCAGCUUCGUGGUCCCGACGCUCUGACUAAUUUCUCAGUCACUCCGACAACAGCGACGGAGAAGAAAGCCCCACCACCGUCUCCGGUGAAGAAGAAGAAGAAGAAAAACAACAAAAGCAAAAAAUCCGUUACUGCUUCUUCCUCCAUCAGCAGAAGCAGCAGCAACGAUUGUCUCUGCUCUCCGGUGUCUGUUCUCCGAUCUCCUUUCGCCGUCGACGAAUUCUCCGGCAUUUCUUCAUCACCAGUCGCGGCCGUUGUAGUCAAGGAAGAGCCAUCCAUGACAACGGUAUCUGAAACUUUCUCUGAUUUCUCGGCGCCCUUGUUCUCAGAUGAUGACGUGUUCGAUUUCCGGAGCUCAGUGGUUCCCGACUAUCUCGGCGGCGAUUUAUUUGGGGAAGAUCUAUUCACGGCGGAUAUGUGUACGGAUAUGAACUUCGGAUUCGAUUUCGGAUCCGGAUUAUCCAGCUGGCACAUGGAGGACCAUUUUCAAGAUAUCGGGGAUCUAUUCGGGUCGGAUCCUCUUUUAGCUGUUUAAUAAUAUUUUAAAUAAAUAAAUAGUUAUACCGGCCGUUACUAAACGGAACCGGAGAAAGUUUUGUAUACCGGUGACAUAAAAUCUCGGUUAUGUUCGUAAUCUUUUUUUCUUUGUUAUAUAUAAAAAUAUGAAUGAAACUGAAUUAAUGUAAGUUAAUGGUGAUAAUUAUUAACGUUUUAAGUUUUGAAAAAUAAUUUUCGUCUGUUAACGAUAAUGGGAGGUCGAGUUUCUUUUUGCUUCCACGUGCUCU